AUGUUUAUCAUAAAUUCAAUGUAUCUAAAUCAAAAACAAAACGUUUCCAGCGGGUGCGAUGACGUUCAGCGUUCUCUGGAGCUCCUGGACCAGGUGUUAAGUGAAUACGACGAGGGUGAACCGCGAUCGUUGGAGGCGCGUGCGACACCCGCCACGCCAGCGACGCCCGCCACACCAGCCACGCCCGCCACUCCUGCCACAGACGACGACUCGCCGCUCGCCGGUCACACCUCCGAGGACGAUGGAUACAUGAGCAUGAACGGCAGACGAGCGAAAUUCGCGCUGGGCUUCCGACCAACUGAGGAGCGUGAAGAGGGAUCGCCUCCAGACCCUCCAUCACCACACUCCCCACCACCGCCUGAAGAAGCUCAAAGAAUUAUAUCAACCCUAUUACCUAAGGUAUCCCCCACAAAUUCUGCAAAACAUGCAAACUUGUUCAGCCAUUCCGAAGCUGAAGAGAAAUUGGACUCUAUUAUAAGCGUCAACGGAAUUACAACUGCAACACAAACAACUUUCCCAAAGACAAGGCACCAGCGUCCAUAUGGAUGGGACAAAGAAAUAGAAGCGAAUGGAUUUCAGCUGCAGCAGGCUCCAGUUCCUCCUUACAAAUUUUCAUCAUUACAACAUGGAGCUAGGCCGCCGCAAACUGAGAUUGCUCCCACGUGGCUACCUCCUCGUCACUCAGCGCCACCGAGCAAUCAGAAAAAGUCACCUAGUGUUGAGAACCCGCCGGUAUUUCCUUUUAUGGGAUUCUCGAGUGAUUUCACUGACAAACCGUAUAACGAGCAUCCCGUGACCAUUUAUCCUGGACCAAAUAUACAAUACAGUCGUCAGUCACACUCACCAACUUACAAAAUUUCUCCUUCAAAUUCCAAGAGCAUUGAGAAAAAGAACAGUAUGAAACGAGACAGUAGGUCUGAUGGAGAAAUUCUUUCACCGAAAUGUAAAAUACCUCCCCGGACUCUUGCCAGCUCUAUGGAGAGACAUAGAGAGGUGUGUAGAGAUUCGACGGAGGAUAUAAUGGAGAGUUGCAAAAUGCGAGGAGCAAAUAGAAGCAAUGACGAAGAUCAUUUUUCCGACGAUUCACUUGAAGAGUCCUUUCCGCCGCCUCCCCCCGCAGUUAGCACGCCUUCGAAACGCAAUUCCAUAGCUUGGGAAGUGUCUCUCGAUGGUGACGAUCCUCUUUUGACUCCCGGUAGCACUAAGGUUAUAGGAAGAAGACGAAAGAAAUCUGGCGAUCAAUCACAUUCCAGUACGAGUUCUAUUCCUCAAAGGAUUGAUGAUGACUGGGGUGAGGAAUAUUGGCCCCCGCCUCCUCCACUGUCACAGUGUGAACCAUUAGUUUCACCAACAUCAGACGCGGAACCAGAACUUCGAAGGCCGCAGGACUUAUCAACAGGGACAUAUGUCAUUCGAAAAGGAAAAAAUAGAAAACAGUUACCGACUUUCAACAAAAAUACAAACAACAAACAACAAACGAAUUCAAAUAAUCUGUCACAGAGUCAUAGUUUGAAUAGAAGCAUUGAAAAAUCAAUAGAUGGUUCUAGUAUUUCAAUAAGUGGCUCAGGCUCGGUUGGUUCUUAUAACUCAAGGCCGAGUUCGGAUUUGAGUUUGCCUCAGUCCCGAUACAGCGCCGAUCUUAAUUCAAGACUAAGCCGUGAACUAAACACGCCCAACUCUAGAUAUAGCAUUGAUCUUUGUACACCGAAUUCUAGAUUAAGUAAGGAGAUCACUUCACCGAAGUCAAGAUUAAGUUUAGAUCUCAAUAAUGGUCAAGAUAGAUAUAUAAAUCCAGAGUAUUUUGGUCAUAGUCCUAAAAGUAGGCAAAUAAAUAGUGAUAAAAAUGUCAUUGGCUCUAAGACUAACAGUGUCCAAAGCAAAUUAUCUCCUCAAAAUAGAUUUACUGAUUUUAAAAAGUAUUCUUCUACGUUUGAUAACAUUCAAUCGUUAAUUAAAGAAGGUAAAGUGGAAGAGGCACCACAAAAUGAUUGCAAUGAAACUGUCAAUGAGCUUACAGUUGUACCUCCGACUAUGGUGCGUGUUAUAUCACUGCCAAGUUUAGGAGCUGAAGCAGACAGUAACAGUGCUAGUCGUCAAGCCCUCAUAACGACAGUCGAGGAAGAGGAUGAUCAAGAAAGUGGUGAAAUCGAUUCUAAUGAAGAUACCUCACCUUUAAGAAAAAUUGAAAAUAACAUAAGUGCUAUAUUGAACCAAGGACGGGACCAAAAACAUUUUACCCCAUAUACACCUAAAGACUGGAAUAUACAUAAGGAUGAGUACUGUGAUGAAAUAUCUAAGGAUAUUUUAGAGAACAAUUACCGUUAUAGCUCUAGGGAAAGACAAAAGAGACACGAUAUCCAGAAAUCCUCGAGUCAUAACGAAAUCCAAAAUCAGCGAUCAAUUGAUCGUCGCGAUCGUUCUUCUGGUAGAAGAUCGAAUAGUAUGCAUAAGUCGACUAGUGCUAAGGACGUGCCAGUAAGCUUGAUGCGCCAGCCUUCCUCCUCAGAUUCCGCUGUAUCAAGCGGAGGUGAUUUUCCUCUAAAUAUUCAGAUAGUGGAACAUCCCUACAAGCACAAUCAAUUACCGCCAUCGCCUAGUACAGGUCAUGAGAUGGGACCGCUACCUCAAACACCGGAAUCUCCAAAAUUCCCGCCAUUACCACCUUCACCCGUACAAGAAGUUGAAGAUGAAUACACAGAGAUAAUGCAGCCUACGGGAAGACGUCACAUAAAAAAAGCGGACACUUUGCCAACACCAACUAUGGAAUCGAGGAGACGGCCAUCUGAGCCUCCCGCGGUACCGCCUCAUCGCGAUACAACAAAUAGCCUGAAAACGAGGUCAAUGGAAAACAACUUCAACAAGAAUAGAAGAAAUAGUAAUUUCAAAAGCGGCUCAACAGACAGACGUACUUUACCAACAGACACUGGAACCAGCGGCGCUCGCCGUCGUACGCUGCAGCGUCAGAAUCGUGAAUCUGGUUACAAUGUUCGUGGACAGCUUCAGACAUCCGCCAGCCUACCCGAGACUCCUGUGUUCGCUCGUGGCUGUGAUGUCCCAAGAACUCCACCAAGAAAUACUGGCCCGCCCCGACAUAACACCAUCAACUCGAUGCAAACUAUUGGAAGCAGCGCUACCCUAGGCGGUUAUGGGCGUGGAUCUGUAAUGGGGGCUUCGGGAGUAUGCACCGGCGCUGACCUCCUCCGUCUGGGAGGUCCACCGCGCGGAUGGUAUCCAAGACAACGGAACCGGCCUGCAUCUAUAGAGCACCUGGAUAGAAUCUCAACAUCAGCGAAGGUAGCCGCCGACCAUCCGGUAGCUUGGGAGGCAUCCGGAGCCCGUAAGCCACUCACUCUCCCCCCGAACUUGACGCCCAAGUUCUUCCAAAAAUCUCCCAGGGAAGCGCUGCGGCGAGUCACAAGUCUAUUAAUACGGAAAGGUAACAAUGGGAAGGAGAAAGAGAAUUCUAGAAGCAAGGAAGCCACUUCGCCGGCAGCGCGUUCCGCUAACGUCAAUGAAUGGGCGAGUAAUGAUCGGGCUCACCCCCGUGGAGGGGGCGCGGGCGAAGGGCGCGGUCGUUGCCGCACAUGUGCGGGGCAGGGUUGCGACGCGACGGUCACCGCGCAGCCCUCACCCUGCGCAGUGAGACCCUCCGCGUCGAACAACCAACCCCCCACCCUCUGCUGGGGCGAGAACACCGCAUUUGUUAGCAUUUUUUUGCGGAUAUUGGAAUUUCUCCCUCCAUCGAGCUGA